AUGGUACCUAAACGCCCGAGAGAAGCCGAUGGCACCACCUCCAAUCCGAAAAACCAAUCCGAAACCCCAGCCAGCAAGAAGAGAAAAGGCUUCUCCGUCGGCCCAGCAAACCUACCCGACGGCACUUAUCGUCGCAAAGCUCAAAAAAUCAAAGCCGACCUAAUCCAAAAAGCCAAGGUCAAAAAGGCCUACGCCAAAGUAAAAGCCGCUGAACUUGCCGCUCCCAAACCGAAGCAGUUCUAUCUCCGACGUGCGGAAGAGGAGGGCGAGAGGGAAGAUGUAGACAAGCAGGAUGCGGAGCCCGCAAGUUUGGAACUUCACCCCGAUCGACAGGCCAUGUUGGACACCCGUGAUCCAGGACCUGAGCAGGGAGGAAAUCGGGCGAAUGGCACUGGCCGGGGUCGGGGUCGGAAACAGAAGCGGUCAGCGUUCGCGAAGGAGUUAGAAAUCGCAGAGAAGAGGAAACAGGCUGCUGAGAAGAGGAGGCAAGAGCGUGAGGCUAGACAAAGGGAUAGGGAGGCUAUGGCUAGGGCCAAGCGCCCUGAUCAACAUGGGAAGAGGAGGUUAGGGAGAGAAAGCACGGUCUUGCUGAGCCGGGUUCAGAGGUUGGUUGGGGAGACUGCGUAG